AUGUUGAGAGGCCUGUUUCAGAGGAAACCUAAACAUGAGAGACUGGAGGAGGAACCUGAGGUCAGAUUUAAAGGCUUGCUGGUGUCAGAGAGAGACCUAGGAUACACAUAUGUCCAACCUGGAGGCUCCGACUAUUCUCCCCCUCCCCCCCUGCCUCGACCUCCUCCCCCCGGCCUGACAAACGAGCACAGUGGCGGUGGUAGCCACGGUGACCAUGGUGGAGGAGGGGGAGGGGUCAACCACGGGGUGGGCGUGGUGGGCCUGGCUCCGGAGCACAUCCCCACACCGGGGGCGGCCCUGAGCUGGCAGGCGGCCAUUGACGCUGCGCGGCAAGCGAAGAUGAUGGGCAACGCCGCAUCGGGUGGAGGGUCGGGGCUUGGGUCGGGAGGGGGCGGGCCCAUCUCCACGGCCAGCUCCACGCAAAGGAAGAGACAGCACUAUAGCUCUAAGCCCAAGAAACAGACGACGACGACAGCCACAAGGCCGCCUCGGGCCCUACUCUGUCUCACGCUCAAGAACCCCAUACGCAGGGCCUGCAUCAGCAUCGUAGAGUGGAAACCAUUUGAGAUCAUCAUCCUGAUGACCAUUUUCGCCAACUGUGUGGCCUUAGCCGUCUACAUCCCCUUCCCCGAGGACGACUCGAACGCCACCAACUCCAACCUGGAGCGUGUGGAGUAUCUGUUCCUCAUCAUUUUCACGGUGGAGGCAUUCCUGAAGGUAAUAGCCUAUGGCCUGCUCUUCCACCCCAACGCCUACCUGAGGAACGGCUGGAAUCUGCUCGACUUCAUCAUCGUAGUCGUAGGGUUAUUCAGCGCGAUCCUGGAGCAGGCCACUAAGGGGGACGGAGCCACUCCUAUUGGAGGGAAGGCAGCAGGCUUUGAUGUUAAGGCUCUGAGGGCAUUCAGAGUACUCAGACCCCUCAGACUGGUCUCUGGAGUACCAAGUUUACAGGUAGUGUUGAACUCCAUAAUCAAAGCCAUGGUUCCUCUGCUCCAUAUCGCCCUGCUGGUCCUCUUCGUCAUCAUCAUCUACGCCAUCAUCGGCCUGGAGCUCUUCAUGGGCAAGAUGCACAAGACCUGCGUUCACAAGCAUACAGGCACCACUGCAGAGGAAAAGCCGGCACCGUGCGCACCUCUUACAGCUUAUGGUCGACACUGUCCACCGAAUGAAACAGAGUGCAAGAUGGGAUGGGAAGGCCCAAACGAUGGCAUUACCAACUUUGACAACUUUGCCUUUGCCAUGUUAACAGUGUUCCAGUGUAUAACCAUGGAGGGCUGGACGGACGUGCUCUACUGGAUGCAGGAUGCUAUGGGCUAUGAGCUGCCGUGGGUCUAUUUUGUCUCUCUCGUCAUCUUCGGCUCCUUUUUCGUUCUCAAUCUCGUUCUGGGGGUGUUGAGCGGAGAGUUUUCCAAGGAGAGGGAGAAGGCCAAGGCACGUGGUGACUUCCAGAAACUCAGAGAAAAACAGCAACUGGAGGAGGACCUCAAGGGCUACUUAGACUGGAUCACUCAGGCUGAAGACAUUGACCCAGAGAAUGAAGAGGAGGGCAUGGACGAUGACAAGCCUAGAAACCUGAGUAUGCCAGCCAGUGAGAAUGAAUCAGUCAACACAGACAACGUCCCCGGGGGAGAUGUGGAGGGAGAGACCUGCUGUACCCGGCUAGCAAAUAGGAUCUCCAAAUCCAAGUUCAGUCGCUACUCUCGAAGGUGGAACAGGCUGUGUAGGAGGAAGUGCCGGGCGGCGGUCAAAUCGCAGGUUUUCUAUUGGCUGGUCAUCUUCCUGGUUUUCCUCAACACUCUGACCAUCGCCUCUGAACAUCACCAGCAGCCUCAGUGGUUAACCGAUGUACAAGACAUAGCUAAUAAGGUGUUGCUAGCACUCUUCACUGGUGAGAUGCUGUUGAAGAUGUACAGUCUGGGCCUACAGGCGUACUUUGUUUCGCUCUUUAACCGCUUCGACAGCUUCGUAGUAUGUGGAGGAAUUCUGGAGACCAUUCUGGUGGAAACCAAGAUCAUGUCUCCUCUCGGCAUCUCUGUGUUACGUUGUGUCCGCUUGCUACGAAUCUUCAAAAUAACCAGAUACUGGAACUCACUGUCCAACCUGGUCGCCUCCCUUCUAAACUCUGUUCGCUCCAUCGCUUCCCUGUUGCUCCUGCUCUUCCUCUUCAUCAUCAUCUUCUCCCUGCUCGGCAUGCAGCUGUUCGGGGGAAAAUUCAACUUCGACGAGACCCGACGCAGCACCUUCGACAACUUUCCCCAGUCUCUGCUCACUGUGUUUCAGAUCCUAACAGGAGAGGACUGGAACUCUGUGAUGUAUGACGGCAUCAUGGCGUACGGUGGACCGUCCUUCCCUGGCAUGCUGGUCUGCAUCUACUUCAUCAUCCUCUUCAUCUGCGGAAACUAUAUCCUACUGAAUGUCUUCUUGGCCAUCGCUGUAGACAAUCUAGCUGAUGCUGAGAGCCUGACAUCUGCCCAGAAAGAAGAGGAGGAGGAGAAAGAGAGGAAAAAACUGGCCAGGCUCGCCAGUCCAGAGAAACGUCAUGAUAACGAGAAGCCACCUCUGGAGGAGGAGAAGAAGGAGAAAAUAGAGCUAAAGUCCAUCACUUCAGAUGGAGAGACCAACACUGCUACUAAGAUCAACAUGGAUGAUUACUGUGGAGACGAGACUGAAGAGAAGAAUCCAUAUCCUGCAAAUGAUUACAUAGGAGACGAUGAUGAGGAUGAGCCAGAGAUGCCAGUUGGCCCAAGGCCCCGGCCACUCUCCGACAUUCAGCUGAAGGAGAAGGCCGUUCCCAUGCCCGAGGCCCGUGCUUUCUUCAUCUUCAGCCACACCAACAAAUUCAGGGUUCUGUGCCAUAAGAUCGUCAACCACAACAUCUUCACCAACCUCAUCCUCUUCUUCAUCCUGCUCAGCAGCAUCAGUCUGGCAGCAGAGGACCCGGUCAAGAAUGACUCCUUCAGAAACCAGAUCUUGGGCUAUGCAGAUCAUGUCUUCACUGGACUCUUCACCAUAGAGAUCAUUCUUAAGAUGACAGCCUAUGGAGCCUUCCUCCACAAAGGGUCAUUCUGUAGAAACUAUUUUAACAUCCUGGACCUGGUGGUGGUCAGUGUGUCCCUCAUCUCCUCUGGAAUACAGUCCAGUGCAAUUAAUGUGGUGAAGAUCCUGAGAGUUCUGCGAGUGCUCAGACCAUUAAGGGCCAUCAACAGAGCCAAGGGACUAAAGCAUGUUGUGCAGUGCGUGUUUGUGGCCAUCAGGACCAUCGGCAACAUCGUCAUCGUCACCACGUUGCUCCAGUUCAUGUUCGCCUGUAUUGGAGUGCAACUCUUUAAGGGCAAGUUCUUCUUCUGUACUGACAGCUCUAAACAGACUCAGGCAGAAUGCAGGGGUUCCUACAUCAUGUAUAAGGACGGUGAUGUGGGGAAGCCUGAACGCGCCCAGAGAGUGUGGGAGAACAGUGACUUCAACUUUGAUGAUGUCCUGCAGGGCAUGAUGGCUCUGUUUGCUGUGUCUACCUUUGAGGGCUGGCCAGGGUUACUGUACCGGGCCAUCGACUCUCACGCUGAGGACGUUGGGCCCAUCUACAACUACCGCGUGGUUAUCUCCAUCUUCUUCAUCAUCUACAUCAUCAUCAUUGCCUUCUUCAUGAUGAACAUCUUCGUCGGUUUCGUCAUCGUCACAUUCCAGGAGCAGGGAGAGCAAGAAUAUAAGAACUGUGAGCUGGACAAGAACCAGCGUCAGUGUGUGGAGUAUGCCUUGAAGGCCCGUCCGUUGCGCCGCUACAUCCCUAAGAACCCUUACCAGUACAAAGUGUGGUAUGUGGUCAACUCCACCUACUUCGAGUACCUGAUGUUCACACUCAUCCUUCUCAACACCAUCUGUCUGGCCAUGCAGCAUCAUGGACAGACCAAAAAUUUCAAUGAUGCCAUGAACAUCCUCAACAUGCUCUUCACUGGUCUCUUCACUGUGGAGAUGAUCCUUAAACUGAUUGCCUUCAAACCUAGGGGGUACUUUAGUGAUCCCUGGAAUGUGUUUGAUUUCCUCAUCGUUAUUGGCAGCAUAAUAGACGUCAUUCUCAGUGAGAUCAACAACUCUGAAGAGAACGCCAGGAUCUCCAUCACCUUCUUCCGGCUGUUCCGCGUGAUGAGGCUGGUGAAGCUGCUGUCUCGCGGGGAAGGGAUUCGGACCCUGCUGUGGACCUUCAUCAAAUCCUUCCAAGCUCUGCCCUACGUAGCUCUGCUUAUAGUGAUGCUAUUCUUCAUAUACGCUGUCAUCGGCAUGCAGAUGUUUGGUAAGAUAGCGCUGCGGGACCACACGCAGAUCAACAGGAACAACAAUUUCCAGACGUUCCCUCAGGCAGUGCUGCUGCUCUUCAGAUGUGCAACAGGUGAGGCGUGGCAGGAGAUCAUGCUGGCGUGCUCGCCCAAUCGGCCGUGUGAGAAGGGGUCGACCAAUGAGAACAGCACGUCCAACGAGGACUGUGGCAGCCAGUUUGCCAUCAUUUAUUUUGUCAGCUUCUACAUGCUCUGUGCCUUUCUGAUCAUCAACCUGUUUGUGGCCGUCAUCAUGGACAACUUCGACUACCUGACGCGUGACUGGUCGAUCCUGGGGCCACAUCAUCUUGACGAGUUCAAGAGGAUCUGGGCUGAAUAUGACCCAGAAGCUAAGGGGAGGAUAAAACACCUUGAUGUGGUUACUUUGCUCCGGAGAAUCCAGCCUCCUCUCGGUUUUGGAAAACUUUGUCCCCACAGGGUGGCCUGCAAGCGUCUGGUGUCAAUGAACAUGCCUCUGAACAGCGAUGGAACGGUAAUGUUCAACGCCACACUGUUUGCCCUGGUCAGAACUGCACUUAGGAUUAAGACAGAAGGUAACCUGGAGCAGGCUAAUGAGGAACUGAGGGCAAUAGUAAAGAAGAUCUGGAAGAGAACCAGCAUGAAGCUCUUGGAUCAAGUAGUGCCCCCUGCUGGUGAUGAUGAGGUAACAGUCGGGAAGUUCUACGCUACCUUCCUCAUCCAGGAAUAUUUCCGCAAGUUUAAGAAGAGGAAAGAACAAGGGCUGGUGGCCAAGGUGCCCCCCAAAACUGCCCUCUCUCUGCAGGCGGGCCUGCGGACAUUGCAUGAUAUUGGUCCAGAGAUUCGGAGGGCCAUCUCUGGAGACCUGACCGUGGAGGAGGAGCUGGAUAAAGGCCUGAAGGAGCCCGUGUCGGCUGCAUCCGAGGACGAUAUCUUCAGGCGUACCGGUGGGUUGUUCGGCAACCAUGUCAACUACUACAACCAGAGUGAUGGCCGCGGGUCCUUCCCACAGUCCUUCACUACCCAGCGUCCCUUGCAUAUCAGCCAGAAGGGCUCACCUUGCGAAGGCGAGAGCCCGUCCCACGAGAAGCUCAUGGACUCGACCACUUUCACCCCUUCCUCUUACUCCUCAUCAGGCUCCAACGCCAACAUCAACAAUGCCAACAACACUGGCAUGGCUGGGGUGGCAACCCAGGGCAUCAGUCGAUUCCCAAGCCCGUCUAUAAGUACUGUGGACGGGCACACAGGACAGCCACUCACUCCCAUCCUGCUGCCAAGAUCUGCUUGGUGUUUUCCUCCAAAGAGCUCGGACUCAAGCGACAGCCGUCUGCCAAUCAUACGAAGGGGGGAGGGGUCAACGGAGGAGACGUACGACGAGAGCUAUGGCGACGACAGGGAGUACCACGAGGAUGACCACUCGCUCUCCUCUGACAUGCUAGUGUAUCACGAUGAAACAUGUAAGCAGUUGACUCCCAUGGAGGAAGGAGAGGAGGUAGAGGACAGAAGAGGAGGAGGGUGGCAGUCUCCUAGGAGGGUCUUCCUCUGCCCCACUUCUUUGGGGCGGAGAUCAUCCUUCCAUCUGGAGUGUCUCAGGAGACAGUCAAGGCCAGACGUCUCCCAGAAGACGGCUGUACCCUUACACCUUGUACAUCAUCAGGCACUGGCAGUGGCAGGGUUGAGUCCUCUGCUAAGACGGAGUCACUCACCUACCCUCUUCAGCCGGUUGUGCUCCACACCUCCAGCCAGUCCCACAGCCCAUGGCAGUGAUGCCUCCUACCAGCGAGUGCCCUCUCUGAGGCUAGAGGGCUCCAACUCCCAUGAAAAGCUCAAUACCAGCCUGCCCUCUGUCAACUGUGGACCCUGGUACAGCGACAGUAAUGGGAACAGCCGGGGACCUAGUCCUAGUCCCAGCCCCAGCGUGCCGGUGUCCAAUCAAAGAGCACCACGGCCGGUGUCUCUCACAGUGCCCUCGCUGCUGGGAAAAGACUCCAGCUCGUUGUGUCACGGCAGCGCAGGCAGUCUGGUGGAGGCGGUGCUAAUAUCAGAGGGUUUGGGUCAUUUCGCUCAGGACCCGUCAUUCAUCGAGGCGACCAAAGCCGAGUUGGCUGAUGCUUGCGACAUGACCAUCGAGGAGAUGGAGCACGCAGCCAACAACAUCCUCAACGGCAACAGCACCACGAACGCCACGUCCAGCACCCCCUCCACCUCCCAGCACAGCCCCAAUGGCAACCUCAUCCCCUUCCACACAGCAGCAGCGCCAACGCACAGGGACCGAGUGGUCAGCUUGAGCCCCAGCGAGUGCGGGGGAGAGGCCGGAGGAAGCAGAGGCUCCGUCCACGGGCCGUCCUCUGUGGAGGAGCGGCAGGAGCUGCUAGCAGGGGGGAGAGAACAAGAAGAGGAGGAGGAAGAAGCGGGAGAGAGGGAGGAGGGGCACCACAGAAGCUCGGUUGUGAUUGGAGGAGGGCGGCAGAGGAACAGCGGGCUGUUGGAGGACGAGGAUAUGGAGUGUGUGACGAGUUUGUAGGAGUCGGUUCGACGGGUUCGAUCGGCCGACUGGCCCCUCUGACGUAAUCGGAGACUGACGCUUGUCAGUGCUGGGUAACAGCGCCGCGGCUGGCUCUGUCUGUCCCCGCCCCUCACACACACACACACACACACUCACACACACUGUCUGCCUCUCUGCCAGAUGUGACCACUCUGGACAAUGGCAGCCAGUGACGCAACCUUGAACACCUGGUUACAACUUUGUUGGUUUAUAUGAGUUUGUAUGUGCGUGAAUGUUUGUAGUAAAGUGUACCACACUAUACUCUGUACUAUCUGAGUGUGUGCUUGUGUGUGUGUGUGUGUGGUCUAUGAUUUCCUCUCUUUGUACGUGUACGUGUGUGCGUGUGUUCUCCACACGUGUCUGAGUGUGUCUCUAAAGUGCCUCACAGUUUUAUCAUGUCCUCAAAGUGUGAAGAGCAGAAAAGUAGAGACAAGCAAAAAAGACGAAGAAAAGUAUGGAUGAGGGAAAGGUUCAAAAGAAACAACAGAGGCAGGAAGUCAUUUUAUAGAUUUCCUGCAGUCGACAUUCUGUGUUUAUUGUUUUCAUUUCCUAUGCCUACUUUGGUGUUGUGUUAUUGUUAUUUGUCUGGCCGCCAUGAAGCCAGGUAGGGGACAGCAGACCAGCUUGUGGGGGGGUCAGUUAAGGAUUAAAAUCUGACCACACCCACUUGAGGUCAAAGGUCAACUCCUCCAUCUUGGUUCAUUGAUGAUGAAGCGCUGUAUUGAAUAAAACAGGGGUGAGGAAACCCCUGUUUGAAAUCUCAUUUCUCCUCCUCUUCCAAAGCUAAGGAACCUUGGAGCACAGCCCUGCCAGCCUGGGGGUGGGAUUAAGGUGACACACCACCCCCAGCCAAGGGGAGGAAGGAUUUGAGGGAUGGACCAACAGCCACAAGAGGGCUGCUAUUGGGGGCCACUGGGCAGAGAGAGACACUCUCUAGCCAACAGGAAGCUAGCCAGCUCUUUUUUCCACUGGUCAACAAUCGAGAGACAAACUCAUCUCGUCGGUCACCUAGAUCUGGCUUUGCCUCCUCCACCGCUUUUCCUUGUUUGGCCACGCCCAUUUCCUGUCCCAAACAGGAAGUGGGAGGAGCAUUUGGUGGCUAAGCAGAGACAGCGAGCCCCCCCUUUCUGCCUCAUACCUCGCCGUUCCUCACUCCUCCCUCUCUCCUUCCUCCCUCCUCUUCGGUUAUUCAACCAUCCCUCUCCCUCCAUCGCUGGGUUUUUGCUUUUUCAGCCCUCGGGGAGGAGUGUGUGUGUGUGUCGAACAGGGCAACAGAGACAGGGUGGAGGAGAGAACGGGAGUGACCGAUUGAAAAGAAAACAGACUCGGGGCAUUGAUCCACACAGGAUCUGUCCAUCAAUCAACCUCACUUCCUUCUCCAAGACCCUCCUCUUCCUCUCAGCGUGGAAUCCGAUUGGAUUUGCUGCCACACACUCUCUCUACAGACCACGCCCACUAUGUAUUUAACAGUUCAAUAUUGUGCAAAACUGGCUAGCCAUGACUAUUUUGUUUUAUAUUCAUGAUGUUAUUGGUUUAAUUUAUCCUUGAUUCGUUUGCACAAUCGGGGUGCUGGUCUUAUAAAUGUAUUUUUGCUCGGUUUAUUUUAGGAGAAUUUUAAGAGGUUUUAUGUAUCGAAGCAGGGCGUAGAGUUUGCGUGCAAGUGUAUAACUAUAUUUGUGCGUGCGGGUGUGUGUCUGCAUUUUAGUACAGGAUGUGUGUGUGUGUGUGUGUGUGUAUGAGUGUGUGAGAUAGCGUGUGUAUCUAAAGGGGGGUCUUUCUCUCUAUCAGUAUGCACCUUUUACAGAUUGUAUCUAUUUAUUUAUUUAUUUUUCCCAGAAGAGAAAAAAAUGCGUGAGGAUAUGCGUUUGUAUGUGUGUGUGUUUGCGCGCCUGUGUUUGAGUGGUUCCUUAUGUAUUCUAAAAAGCUGAUUUUAAGCCUAGACAGUAAAUUAAGGUAGCAUUACAAAUAUGGUGUUGUGUGUGUGCGUGCAAGGGUGUGUGAGUGUGUGUGUGUGUGCGUGCAAGGGUGUGUGAGUGUGUGUGUGUGUAUGUGUGUGUGCGUGAUAAUGGGCCUCCUUAACACAGGGUUACCAUGGACAGGCAUGCUUCCAAAGCUUUGUGAUUUCUUUAGCACGGUUUUUACUUUUUAGCCAAGCUGCAGAGUCAGAAGUCACUCUUAUCUUUGAAAAUUACUCACUGCAUAACUUGUGUUUAUAUUUCUGUGUAGAGAUAGUUAGGUCUAAGGUCUCCAGCGAGGUCAGAGUGACAGUUAAGUUUACAGUGGUGAUGAUUCGGCAUUGCAGCUUGGCCAGAAGGUAAGAAGCCUUUCGGCAAUUGCUGCUUUUCUUCACCAUGGAUGGUUGCUCUGAAUGGUAGAAGCACCAAAAUCCGUACUGCCACAGUGACGCCUCGUGAACGACCUGGGGGGUGAUGCCCUGAUUGCUCAGCUGUAACACAGCGUAAUCACAUGAUUUCAUCAUUUAAUCAUUGUUAAAACUCCAAAUGAAUUAUUAGGGCUGGUGUACAGAUGCUGCAAGAGUUCAAAAUCACAUCUCUUCAUCUGAGGUGUGCUCAUAUCACAAAACAUUAUGACUUUUUAGCACUGAUAAACAAAUUUUCUGUCUGUAAUGUAAUUUACUGGUAAACCUAAUUACUGGGAAA